AUGCUCUGCGUGCCGCUGCUGUCGCCUGGCCUCGUAAGCUCAGAGCGUCUACGAGCGGCGCCUCUUCCAUCGCUGCGUACGCGCGGGCCGCGUGCGGCCUUCGCAAACCCGCUCCCGACGUGGCCGCCGCCGCCGAGAUUGUCGCCCACAGCAGCGUCGUCCGAGUUCAGCGAGCUGUGGCCGGUUGGCAACCCAGCGGACAACCCCGACUCGCGGAGGCCGGACGCUCCGGACAAACUCUUCAGCGGGCUCGCGGGCGACGUGGCACUGCGGAGGCCGACCUACGCCGCUGACUGGAGGCUGUCGUCGCAGAAGGACAUCCCCACCUUUGUCGGCGCGACCCUCUUCCUCUACUUUGCGUGCCUGGCGCCGGUGGUGGCGUUCGGCGGCGCGAUGCAGGUGGCCACGGGCGGGCAGCUCGGCAUCGUCGAGACGAUCAUCUCCCGCGGCGUCUGCGGCAUGCUGUACGCUUCCCUCGCCGGCCAGCCGAUGACCUUCAUCGGGCCGACCGGCCUCACACUCGCCUUCACCACGGCGCUGUACGCCUUCGUCACGCCGCGCGGCAUCCCCUUCCUGCCGAUGUACACGUGGGUGGGGCUGUGGACCUGCGGCUUCCUCUCGCUCGCGGCGUGCACCAACGCCGCCAACCUCAUCCGCUACUGCACCCGCUUCACCGAGGACGUCUUCAACGCCUUCCUCGGCACCUCCUACCUCCACUCCUCCGCAACAGCCAUGCCCGCACUCGCCGUCGGCUCCGUCUCUGCUCUCUCGACGUCCGCCUUCGCCACUCGCCUCGCCGCCGACGCGAUUCUCUUCUUCCUCGACCAAAACAUCACCGUGCGCACCGUCAACUCGGAGCGCAACAAGCUCAUCCCGCGCGCAACCUACCACCUCGACCUGGCCUUCGCGGACGCCGACCGCGACGGGUCGGGGGAGGUGACCGCAGACGAGCUGGUCGCGCUGCUGCGCCGCAUGUCGGAGCAGCAGUUCUCGCGCCCGAUGUCGCUGGAGCAGGCGGCGACGAUGGCGGCGGACGCGUUCCGCGGCUUCGACGGCAACGACACAUGCCGGCUCGGGCUCGAGGAGGCCUCCUUAGAGUUCGCCGACUGGUUCAAGGCGACCGGCCUCGACAGCAACCCCGCCGCCGCCGUCGUGUCUCCUUCGCCGCUCGCGCCGCCGCCCGAGUCGGCGCCCGCGCCAGAGCAGGAGCGCGUGCUCGAGACGCGCCUGUCCGGCUUCACGAUCCACGCGAUGGUGCCGGUCGCGGUCGUGAACGGCGUCUUCCUCUACCUCGGCAAGAAGGUGAUGACGGGCAACCAGUUCUUGCAGCGCGUGCGCGCCCUCGCCGUCCCGCUCCCGUCCAACUUGCGUGCCGAGGAGGCCGCUGAGCGUUCCAUCCUCGUCCUCGGGCGGCGCGCAACCGCCAUCUUCACCGGUCUGCAGCUCGCGUGCCUCGUCUCGCUCUGGAAGCUCAAGCUCACGCCCGGGCUCGGGAUGGUCUUCCCCGCCGCCAUCGGCGUCCUCAUGUUCAUCCGCGUCCAGAUCCUGCCCCGCCUCUUCACCUUCCGCCAGCUCGGCAUCAUCGACACGCCGAUCUCGCCAGACAUCAGGAGCAGCCAGGCGGCCUCGGAAGAGGUCGGCGAGGAGGCAGAGUGACGGGGCGAGGAGAGAACAGCCCUUGUGCUUCUGCCGUCGCGCGCGGGGCGGCUGUGAAUGAGGGCCGCGUCCGCCGCUGCGCACACUAUACACACGGUUGCUCAGUUCGUACACACUUCUCGAGCCGGUGGAGUCACUGGUGUGCGGUGGGUAGCCGGUGGCGGUAAGGUAAGGUAAACUUCUCCACCACGAGGUGGUGAGGGGCAAGCGGCACUCGGCGCCUUACCCCGAAGGCGGGGCGGGCGGAAACGGACGGAGGGCCACUCGGCGCAUGGACUCCGUCCCCCCGGCGGCGCGGGGAGUGUGAGUGGGUGUCAUAUAAACGCGCGCACACAUGACACAUCUCCCGACGACCCGUCACCCCAUGGUCGGAGUUUGCGCCGCGGGCGAAGUUGGCGGGAUAACCGACUCCCCGCUCGCCCGCUAUGGCGCGCGGCACGUCCGCCCCAAAACAGCUCUCAUAGGAUCCUGUGACCUCGACGCGCGAGCAGCUCGCCCUGCAUUGCCAAUCCCCCUCUCCCUCCCCACCCCGCCGCCGCCUUCUCCGACCGACGGCGCCGCCUUCUCCGCCUGAGUGCGGCAGGCGCGAAGCCAGCUCUGGUCGGCCAGCAGGGCGGCGGCCUAGGGGCGGGGGCAGCCCGCAAGCCACCCCUCGCAGCGCGGCAGCCGGUUCGCCGGCUCACGGCUGCCGGUUCGGCCGCUGCCGCUUGCUUCGCCUGCCGGCGCCGUCGUCUUCAGUGCGCGCCCGCACCCCGCCCGACGCGGCCGAGUCGGACCCGCCACCGAGGGGGGAGGGUGCGGGGGCGGCGUCGGGCAGCGGCGAGGACGAGUGCAGCCGGCCCGAGCGACGCAGCGUCGGCGACGCGGCGCCGGCGGCCGCGGCGACGGAGAGGAGCUCGAGCUGGCAGCAGCGCCGUCGGCGCUGUCGGCGGGGGCGGCAGCGGUGUGGUCGAGGCCGCCGCCAGAGACGGCGUUGAAGACGUGCAUGUGGCCCUGCAGCCCUUGCAUCGCCGCCGCCAUCGCCUCGGCCGCCGAGGCGGACGGAGCGGCCACCCCUCCAGCCAGCCUGCCGCCGGGGAGCGCGGGCCCCCCGUCGCCGCCGCCGCCGCCCGCAGAGGGUCCGUCUGGGUUGGUGGCUUCGCGCCAGCCGUGCAGCAUCGAGAUGAGGGGCGGCGCGCGCGGGGCCGGGUCCUGCUCGAUCGCGUGCCGGCAGAUCGGGCACGUGUUGUGCGUCCGCACCCACUGCAGCAGGCACGACUCGUGAAAGUCGUGCCCGCACGGCAUGCGGACGGUGCGGCAGGCGGAGCCGCGGCAUCGGGGGCCGGCGUUGGCGGCGGAGGAGGAGGAGCCGCCGGCGCCGCCCGCCGCCCGCGUGCCCGCCGGGCUCUCCGGCUCAUCGCCGAAGCCCGAGAGGCAGAUGGGGCAGUGGCUCCCCUCUGGGGGCGUCACGUUGCGCUCGAGCUUGGAGAUGGCGUCCUCUGACGCGGGGGGAGGGCCGGGCUCGCCGGCGCGGAUGGCGCCCGAGAGGAGGUCGCGGAAAAUCGUGUUUGCGAUCGCCCCCGACAGGUGCCGGAUCCGGUCGUUCAUCUCGCCGCCCUCUCCCGGCGCCGCGCCCGCGGGCGCACCGACCAUUGCGCCAAACGCCGACCCGAAGUCGGGCGCGGCGGCCACGCCGGGGCUGGGGGCGUCGGCCGCGUUGGCUGGGGCGGCGCCGGCCGGCGGGCCUCCGAGCGGGCCGCCCGGCGCGAAGAGCUCUGCCGGCGCCCCGAUGAUUCGAAGGCCCGGUGGAAGGCCGCCGCCGGCCGCGCCGCCAGCCGCAGACUCGAUCGCCUCGCGGAGGCCGGGGGGCAGGUUGGCCGCGCUGACCGAGACGCUGCCGCGAAGGGUGACGAACAUGUGCGUUUCCUGUGGUGGGGCGGGCAUCAUGGGAGGGAGUCGGAGGGACGGAGUUGCCGAGGCUGCGGCAACGAGGACGCCUCGCGCGCGUGGGAGCCGGCGCGGGCGCGCGUUCGGGCCGGUCCCAGGACGCGUGUGCGGGCGACGUGGGCGCGGGGGGAAAGAGCGGCAAAGGGCGGCGCCACCAUGGAGGCCGCGGCGCAAGUUCUGUGUUCGGCCUUGCUCAGUCCGUGAGCGUCUUCCAC